GUCGCGAUCAAUUUUUCGAGCGUUCCAUGAGUCGGGAGGCGUUUGCUGCUACUUUUCUGAAGCACCGCUCCACAGAUUGUUUCGCUAUCUGAUUCCGAGUGGUCUGAGGAGUACGUCGAUUUUCCAAAAUAGGGUGGCGAAACGGCGAGUCUGUGAGAACAUGAUGUUUCCGCAUUGGUAUCGGCUUUGAGUCCGCACAGUCCAUUCUGGAUUCGGACGGGUGGAUCAGACGAGAUUCCGACAUGAAUUCGCGUUUCCUCAUCUAUGUGCUCGUGCCAGGUCUCUUGGUUCCGACCUGCAUCCUUGCUGUGUGUCUCAAUCUCAUGGUGCUCGUCGUGCUGAAGUUUUCCUCCCGCAUGCGCUCGACCUCGAACACUCUUGUCUUCAGUCUUGCUCUGGCCGACCUGAUGCAUGUCGUCAUCUAUACCCCUUCGAAGAUCAUCCAAUAUCAUUAUUUCGACAUCUGGAUAUGGGGAGAAUGGGCUUGCCGUGGUCUGAUGUACAUCAGGGACGUCUCGUUGUGUGUCACCCAGUACACAUUGGUUUUGAUGGCACUGAACAGGUAUCUCGCAGUGGGCUUCCCCUCGAAUCGGAUCACACGUACUCUCCAGAAAAAUCUGGGGAAAGCAGCUUUGGCUGUGUGGUUGUUGACACCAGCAGCGAACCUCUUUGGCGUCUUCGUUUACGGCUUAGGCAAGCAUCCCGGCACAAACUCGGACAUCUGUACGUUCCUCUACUUCGGCUGGUUUUUCGAAUUUCGCCUCUUCGUGUUCCUGAUAUUUUCCGCUAUACCGGUCUCUUCGAUAACGAUCUUCUACGUAUUGCUGGCGAUCAAACUCCGCACCGGAACCAGAACCCAAGAAACUCCCAAAGCGAAACGCGCAGCUCGGAUGGUCUUGGGAUUCGUGAUUUCUUUCAUCGUUCUCUCGAUGCCACUUCAGGUGAUGACGCUGUGUUUCUCGGCGGGACUAUUCGGAUCCGAUGAUACUUUGGACAAUGACGCGCUGAAUUGGACCACCCUGGUUCUACUUAUCUGUCAAACUCUCACUCAAUUGAAUUGUAUCGUUGAUCCGUUACUGUUCAGUUUCAUGAAUACCGCCUUCAGACAAGAAGUGCGUCGUCUCCUCUGCAGGAAAGGACACUCACGUCGAGAGUGCCGUUGCGGUCAUCAAGCUACUGACGACACUCCAUUCACCGAAACCGUGGCGUUGACAUCGGUGACGCGCGUCGACGUGUCCUGA